AGUGUCUCGUUUGGGGGGGGUCUGCUUCGAGAGUCACGUUUCACCUUAAUCUUUCUUUCUUAUGAAAAAAGAAAGAAAACAUUUCAAGCUACUUUUGAAUGAACAGAUAAACUCGGGCUUAAGAGGUGGGACUGGACUGGAUCUGGAUGGGUGACGGAAGCUCCUCUCACUGAUCUGGAUGUGUCAAAGAGGAGGGAAGCUUUAUGUUCUGAGCUCCUUUCGGAAUGACUCGAGUAUCGGGUGUGAACAGAAUGCAAGGGACUGAAGAAGAAAAAUGAUGUUUACAGGAAUCGCGCUGCUUUCACCUGAUUUUAUUCGUUUCUUUUAGGAAGUUUAGCCAGCGCAUCUGAGCCCACAAAGCAGAUCAUCUCAUUUGUAGCCGUCCACCACACCUCGGUUUGUCAGCCUCCUCAUUAUCAAAUUGAUCCCAGCUUUAAAGAUUAAUUGUAAAAACUUCCAUUUGACUGUGUGAGGAGAUGCUGAUAUUCACUGUUUUGUAAUCAGUCUUGAGCCUUUGUUUUUGUUUUGUUUUUUUGUUUGUUUGUUUAGUUUGUUUUGUUUGCAGCUUUAUAAUAUAUAUAUGCAUAUCUAAGAGGUAAAUAUGGCCAUCAACACGGACGCCAACUUCCAGAGGUCCAACUUGGGUGAAGGCGGAGGAGGCGCUCAGCCGGCAGACUUCCAGGAAACUGAGAAACUACUUGCAGUGACCACCGAGCCUGGAGGUAACGAGAUGAAAAUGUCCACCUCUUUCACGGUCAACGUGGGCAGUGACAAGGGUCUGGAAGCCGAGGAGAACGGCCACAGCGUCUCCGUGAGAUCGGGCUCCACGGGGCAGCUGGCAGCCGCCGCCCCUCUCUCCCCCUCCAAGGCGAGUCUGAGCCGCUCCUCCACCGGGAACGCGGUCCAAGAGACCCCGAAGCCCAGGGAUUACCUCAUCCUCGUCAUCUUCUCCUGCCUCUUCCCCGUUUGGCCCGUCAGCAUCGUCGCACUGGUGUACUCCAUUAUGUCCAGAAACAGCCUCCAGGCAGGGGAUAUAGAUGGAGCCAGGAGGCUGGGUCGACUGGCUCGCCUGGUCAGUAUUGUUGCCAUUAUCCUGGGCGUGGUCAUCAUCACAGUCUACGUCUCGGUUCAAGUUACCCAUUGAACUUGUGAGAGACGACCUUUCAGCAAGUAAACAAGUGAAAAAUAUCACUCAGAGAUGCAUGUAUUAGAAUCUGGUUAGCAUUUGCUUGACAAAAAUAAUGAAAAUCCUGAUGUAAACUUGUCAGGUUAAAACAGAGAAGGAAGAAAAUGCAGAUUUGUUUGUGGUCAGAAGGACUCAGAAAUGUUUCCUUUUGGAAUACGAACUUCUCAAAAUGAAGAGGAAGAGCGACGUAUGAGGAGAGAGUGACUUUCUCUGUCUGAGACGGGGCUUUUGGAUUUUGGGUUUGGUCUCCAAACUUUGGACAGCUGCAUAUAAUCCUCAUAUAUUCCUCAUUGAACCUUUUGCAUUCAAAGCAUAUACAGCUACAAAUAUAUUUGAAAUGUGGAUAUAGCAAAAUACAUAUGUACAUUGUACAUGUACAUUUUAUAUAAUGUUUGUAUGCCAAGUGGUGCUGGGUUUGUUAAGACCACUACAGUGGCUGCUUUGUCAGCGUCUGGAUUAUCAGUAGAAACUCGAAGGUUUGUGAAAGGGUGAAUUGGACGUGAUAAUUUUUAUUUAUUAUAAUCUUUCAUUAAAAAAAAAAAAAGACCAACUGCAUGUCUGAAUGUAGAUCACCAAAUCUCUGCCUUCAUUUUGACUGUUAUUAGAUCUUUCUUUUGUUGUUAAGGAGUCCAAGAGGCUAGCAGGUUUGCACAUGGAAGACUGAUUUGUGUACAACUAAUUAUCCUCUAAUUAUUUACCACAAACUUCACUUGGUGUCAGUUACAACCUCAGUUUUGUUGGUGUUCAACUUUUACCCUUAGAAUGCAUUUUACAUGUCAGAUUUACUACCCACAUGCCGCGCGUGUGUGUGUGUGUAUGUGUGCGUGUUUACUACCUUUCUAAAUCAUAGCUCCCUAUUUUGCAUUGUUACACAUUGACUGUUAAAUGUCAUUGAGUGUUUCACUGAAUGUUUUUCCAGCUUGUUGUAUUGGUAUAAAAUGUAUUUAUAUGGGAAAAUAUAUAUGCAAUAUGUACGCAUGCUAUGGGCAAAAUGGGCUGACACAAAAACAUUUUUAACAGUGAGCAGGUCUGUAAGUUUAACUUAGUAACAAUGAAUAGCAUUUGAAAAAAAGAGCAUUCCUUGAAGUCCAAGCCUGACAAAUUGUCUGUAUUCAUGAUUUUAUCAUAGAGAUGCAGUAUAUUAAUCCCCCUGUGGAUACGCAGAACAGUGUACGAAGUACCAGGCUUAUGAGCACAGAUAAAAUCACUGUAAUGCCAUGUAGCUUUUCUUUGGGCAAUAAUCUUAAUUGUUCUUUUCAUCUU